AUGGCUAUCGUCUCAACAAGCAUCGAAAUUGCUGCAUCUCCAGCUACCGUGCGCGAAAAGUUCCUCGACUUCCCCUCUCUCCAAACAUACAGCCCAACCGGCUUCAUCCGCUCAAUCGAGCCCGACGGCGCCUCAACCGCAGCAAAGAACCUGAAAGCAGGCGACAAAAUCCACGUUACGGCAGGCUACGGCAAGUGGAAAUUCUCGCCUCUCGUUGAACAGAACACCGAAGAGCUGUUUGGCUGGCGGGGCUCGGUGCCGGGUAUUUUUACGGGGGCGCAUGCGUUUCGAUUUGAGAGCGUUUCCGACUCCGAUACUACUGGGGCUGAGGCUCGGACGAGGCUUGUCCAUGAGGAAAGGUUUAGUGGGCUGUUGGCGGGACUUAUGGGCGAGGGGUACUUUGGGAGUUUGUUUGGGAUGAGGGAAGACACGAGGAAGGGGUUUGAGGGGUUUAAUGCGGAUUUUAAGAAGUGGGUUGAGUCUUCCAAGUAG